CCUAUUACGAGCUGUUAAGAUGCCUCAAUAUCCCAGUCGGUGCAGGAGUUCAGAUGUACAGAAGCAGUGACACUCAAGGCGGCGGCAGAUACAUAAACUGUGACAUACGUUUACCACGCGCGUGGUGGCGAGGCUCCGGUGGCGAGGAGGCGCCGACGCCCUCCGGCCAGGGUGGCGCCAGCGGGCCGCUGCCCUCGCAGCAGGCGUUUCGCCCGCAGCAGCAAACGGCAGCCGCGCCGCCCUUGACACCAGGAGGGGAGGAGGCCGAGGUGGAUGGCGCUCUCUGGCGCUCCCUGGACGAGCGAAUGCGGUGGCUGGAGGAGAGGUGGGGGCAGCCGGAGCCUGCCCGGAACUCCACUCGCCCGAGCGCCCACGGAGACGCAGCGGCCGACGAACACCCGUCGACGCACCACCUGGUCAGCAGAGUAGAGAAACUGGAGGCGAUUGUUCAACGGGUGUUGGAGCGGAUGCCAAUACAAGAUCCAGUGCAGCAGCAGACGGAUCAACCUUCUAACCCCACCGCCUCUUCUCCCGUAAUUCUCUCUACCUCUCCCCUUUUUUUGAGCUUCAAUAGACAUCAGCCGCCCGUUGACAGCGCUCUCGAAGCGACAUCGACCACGGAAGCCGCACCGACCGAGGAAGAGAUGCCGCAACGGGUGACAAUCGCGACGGAGGACACGCACAAGAAGACGGGCGGGGCACGCGCAGCCUCUUAUUCCCUGGGAGAGGAAUUGUGCCAAGCGGCUUACGAAGGGAGACUGGAGGGUGUUCGUCGUCUUUUAGAUUCUGGGACUAAUAUCAAUUACAUUAACAAGAGUGGACAGUCUCCUUUGAUAUCGUCGUUUUAUUUCAACCGUGAUGGCCGCUGUCAUCCAGACGUCGUCUCGCUGCUUUUAGAAAGAGGGGCGGAUGUCAAUCUAACCGACAUGGAUGGAAGAUGCGCAUUGCACCACGCUGCUAUCUUGCCUUCAAGCGUGCAGUGCGUGGAUCUGCUUCUCGCCGCAGGGGCCGACGUAGACGCCAGGAAUAACUUCGGGGCGACGCCUCUGAUGGAGGCAGCCAUGUCUCAAAAUGAGGCGACUGUGCGCGCUCUCCUGGCGGCCGGCGCCAGAAAGAACGUCACGGGCUGGAGGUGGCCGUGGCAGGAUAUGACGGCGUUCGACUUUGCUGCAACCGACGAAUUACGAGAUCUCCUUCGCGAAUGAUUGUCGAUGUCUCGCUUUCAGCUACCUACAUGACAAAAAAACUUAACUCUUUUUACUCUUCGCGUCAUGGAAUCUCUCAGAGAAGGAAUGUUUUCAUCUUUUGUUGCUCUUAAAGGGUGUGCUAAGGGGAUGAUUUUGUUGGCAUGUCCUUCUCUUGCAACUACAUAUUUUUAGUUUUUACUAAUACGUUAUAGCUUGUUAUUGGCUUCGAUACGGAGAUCGAUAUACACGGCAAAACUUACUUGGAUCGAAAGGGUCGUAUUGACGGGGAAAAUAUGAAAACAGUUGAAUGAUGAUAUAUGUUCUCUUGUGGAGGGAGUUAUGAGAGGGAAAUACGAAACGAAACCGACGCAAGUUAAUAUAUAGUUAAUUAGUAAACAAGUAAAUUUCAAUUUAUAAAGUUAGGUAAAAAAUAAAAUGAUUUAUUUCCAAGGGCAUUAACUGGUUCUAAUUAUCUCGGAGGUCUAUAGGCCCUGGGGCAUUUUGUCUCCGCUCGAUCAUUAGAACCCUUAUGUGCAUAUAUAACUAUUUUAUAUUUUUUUACCAUCCAUUAUACAUACUACAAAUCAUGUUAUAAUUAAAUAUAUUAUCUUUUAUUUUUAAAUUAAUGUGUCGUGUCUUAAGUCCAAUAGGCUAAUAUUAGGAAUAGUAUGAUAAUUCACUCAUAAGUCAGACAGUAUGGAUAACGUUCUUUGAAUGAUAACAAUCGGUAAUUUCGGACUUCACUCGGCUAAUGAAGGUAUUAGUUACAGCUGUUAGUUAAAGAGGGAUAAGUGUCCAAACGCAAAGCAUGUUGUGAAUUUGCGAGAUAUACUCUGGGAUAAGAAUUCGUUGGAUAUUAUACAGUGUACGAAUUCGAAGUUGUCUUAUGAAAAUUUUAAAGGCCACACCCAAUUCGCCAACUUCGAAAGGCGUACCGACGCGUCAUCUGAGAUGUAUGUAUGUGAGUUGGGAGCUGCAGCGUCACUUCAGCUCCCAAUUUUACGGCCCCCUAUUUGAAACUGCCUUUCUUUUCCCUUUUUCAUGCGUGACCUUGAGACGUUGUAACGUUGGCUGAGCAAUGUUUCCAGCUAGUAUUUAACUACCUUCUCAUAUUUGCAAGGGAUUGUAGGGAUGAGUAUCAGAUUUGCAUACGAUAUCCUGUUUUUUUUUGCCCCGUGUUCGAUUCCAGAUCGAGCUAAGACUAUAGUGUGUGUUUUCCUUUCAAUGUCACAAUAUAAGUUGCUGUGUGACGAUGAGAAAAUUUACUUCUCAGGUUGAAUAGAUUGGAAUACGGCAUGGGGAUAUCUACGUGCUAACCGCACGUAUCCCCU